CAUGCUUUAAUAGACAACCCAUUUGUUUGUGAACCUUGCAACUGCUUUGGUCAUUCUGAUGAGUGUAUAUAUGAUGAGGAAAUAAAUGAGAAGCGCUUAAGUUUGGAUAUCCAUGGGCAUUAUGAAGGCGGUGGUGUGUGCCAAAAUUGUCGCCAUAAUACUGAAGGCAUAAACUGUAAUAAAUGUAAACCCACGUUUUAUCGACCAUAUGGGAAACUUCUCAAUGAUACAGAUGUGUGUCAACCUUGCCAGUGUGAUCCAGCUUUCUCUACUGGUAAUUGUGCUGAUGGAAGUGGGCAGUGUGAAUGUCGACCAGAAUUUCUCCCUCCAUAUUGCGAUUCUUGCAAUGUUGGUUUUUAUGGCUAUCCAGCCUGUAAGCCAUGUGAUUGCCACCCAAGUGGCAUUUAUGGCAGUGUUUGUGAAGUCGGUGGUGGACAAUGUCCAUGCAAACCAAAUUUUAGUGGUAAGAAUUGUGACAGAUGCGCCGAUGGAUAUUAUGGCUUCCCAGAUUGUUUACCAUGCAACUGUAACCCUUCCACAUCUGUGAGAAAUGAAUGUGACCAGGAAGACGGACAGUGUGCCUGUCGGGGAAAUUAUGGAGGACGCCAGUGUGAAAAAUGCCGUGUUGGUUAUUACGGUUAUCCAAACUGUGACUACUGUGCUUGUGAUCCUACUGGCUGCCUAGAAGAAAUAUGUGACAGUGCGACUGGUGUAUGUUUGUGUAAACCUGGUUAUGGAGGUCCUAGUUGUGACAGAUGUGCUCCUGGAUUUUUUGGGUAUCCACUUUGUGAAGAAUGCAAAUGUCAUGAAGCUGGAUCUUCCGGAUCAGUAUGUGACAUCAGUGGGAGAUGCCAGUGCUUAAUAAAUUAUGCUGGGCUAAAAUGUGAUCAGUGUUCUCCAGGCUAUUAUAAUUUUCCCGAUUGCUACUCUUGUGACUGUGAAGCUACUGGAUCUAUUGGAGUUUCAUGCAAUAAUGAAGGUCACUGUGUUUGUAAAAAUAACUUCGCUGGUAUAAAAUGCGAUACCUGCAAAGAAGGAUUCUACAAUUACCCCUACUGUGAAGAAUGCAACUGUAAUCCAGCAGGCGUUCUACCAACUUUCCUCGGAUGUGGUAGUCUUACAAGUGGUAAACUCUGUGAAUGUAAAGAGCGCGUAAGUGGACGAAUUUGCAAUGAGUGUAAACCAUUGUACUGGAAUCUGAAAAUAAGUAAUCCUUUGGGUUGUGAAGAUUGCAAUUGCUUUUUGGGUGGCACUGUUGGUGGAAUAGCUGUCUGUGGAAAGACACAGGGUCAGUGCAAUUGCAAACCAAAUGUAGGUUCACGACAAUGUUCGGAAUGCAAAGAAGGAUACCACGAAUUAGAUAAUGAUAACUUAUUUGGAUGUAAAGAUUGCGGUUGCGAUAUUGGAGGAUCUGUGAAUAACAUUUGUGAUAAGCAAACUGGACAGUGUGCAUGCCGACCUAGGAUCAGUGGGAGAAAAUGUGACAAACCUCUCCAAACUCACUAUUUCCCAACACUUUUUCAGCACCAAUUUGAGAUUGAAGACGGUAGAACUCCAGUAGGAACUCAGGUUCGUUAUGGAUAUGAAGAAAAUAUUUUUCCAGGCUUUUCGUGGCGUGGAUAUGCUGUUUUCUCUGACAUACAAAAAGAAGUUCUUCUGGAUUUAUUUGUGGAAAAACCAAGCCUGUAUGAAGUUUACUUUCAUUACUUGAACUUCGGAGGGGAGAAUGUUUUCGGAACAAUAACUUUUACACCUGAUACGUUUGGUGAUAUUCAGCAAAGCAGUGACAUGGUCUUUGAAGCAACUAAUAGACCAAAAUUUAUGAAAGUUUCUGGUAAACAAGGACAAGUUGCAUCACCAUUCGUUUUAAACCCAGGCCGUUGGACAGUAUCUAUUAGAAUUGAAAAGCCGUUGUUUUUAGAUUAUAUGGUUCUUCUGCCUCAGGCAUAUUAUGAAGCUACCCUUCUUCAGGAAGACAUUUCUGAACCAUGUAUUAUAAACAAUGGAGAAAAUGAAAUGUGCCGAAAUUUCAGAUAUCCUCCUUUGCCUCCUGAUUCUGAAAUUGUGAGAGGUGAAGCUGGAUAUGUCCACGAUGGAGAUAAGGAUGAAAGGAGACAAGCGAACGUUUAUGAGGAUAGCCAAGUCUUAGCUGAACUUCAGACUGGACGCAUGGCUUUACUUGAUAAAGAAGAGGAUACUUUGCAUCUGGAUUUCAGAAUCUCUCGUCCGGGGCCUCACAUUAUGAUAAUUACAUACCAUACGCCAGAAAGCGUUCAAGGCACAACAGCCACAGUUGAAGUAUCAUCUGCCAACCAAAUGGAAAAAGGAAUGGCUAUCUUUUACGAAUGCGGAUAUUCAUUUCUUUGCCGUCAAGUUGUAAUCGAUCAAUACGGAGAAGUUGCUGUGUUUAAUUUGGAUUCAAAUUAUGUUAGUGCAACAAUAGAAAUUAACGAAGAAGCGGAUUUAGCUAUAGAUAAUGUAGCUCUGGUCCCAGCAAAUCUUUGGCAUAUGGAUUACAUUGUACCAAAAUCUCUGUGCGUUCGAAGAGAUGGAACAUGCACUGAAUCUGUGUUUUUACCCGUACCUGAGUCGAUAAAGCUGGAAUUCGAAUCUGGUUACCACGAAUAUAACAAAGCUUCACAUUUACCUGACGGCAUUAUUGAUGCAGAGAUUGGAUUAGUUAGUCUUCAAGAGCAUGAUAAUGUUGUUGAUCUUCAAGGUUCUGUUCCAUCUCCUGGUUUAUACGUCGUCAUCGUGCAUUACUAUCAGCCGGAUCAUCCUAAAUUUGAAGCGAGUGUUAUGAUUCAGAAUGGAGAAUUUCACGAUGCGGUCCUUCCAUUGCCUUUUUGCCCUAGUGUGUCAGGAUGCCGAACUGUAAUCCAUGCAAAAGACUCUGAUGCAACAGCAUUUCAAAUCCUGGAAAAUUUUUAUAUAACAAUUAAGCAACCGUCCAAUAAAACAGUCUGGAUGGACUAUGUAUUAAUAAUUCCUGCAAAACAAUUCGAUGAAAGUGUACUAAAUCCUCUCAGGCAAGACCAAGCUGGAAAAUUUAUUACUCAGUGUGGGCAAAACAGUUUUCAUUUGGACUCAGAUAUCUCAGGCUUUUGCCGGGAAGCUGCAUUUUCUCUGACGUCUGAGUACAACAAUGGAGCUCUGCCAUGCCAGUGUGAUACUGAUGGAUCCCUAAGCUAUGAAUGUGAAGAAUUUGGUGGCCAGUGCCAGUGCAAACCUAAUGUCAUCGGUAGAACUUGUUCACAGUGUCGUACUGGCUUCUUUGGUUUUCCAAACUGUAAACCAUGUGACUGUCCAUCUACAGCAUAUUGUCAACCUGUGACUGGUCAGUGUAUUUGCCCUCCUAGGGUAACUGGGGAUCGAUGUGAUGUUUGCGUUCCAUAUACAUAUGGUUUUGAUCCUAUCAUAGGCUGUGAAGAGUGCAACUGUAAUCCCUUGGGUGUUGCUAAUGGCUUUCUUCAAUGUGAUUUGCAAAGUGGUCAAUGCAGAUGCAAGUCCAAUAUUGUUGGAAGAACAUGUGACAGCUGCAAAGCAGGUUACUGGGCAUUUCCACACUGCCAACUGUGUAACUGUGAUCUACGAGGUAGCACAGAAGAUAUCUGUGAAAAAGAUUCUGCUAGAUGCUUUUGCAAGGAAAAUGUAUAUGGAGAUUCAUGUGACCAAUGUAAACCAGGAACUUUCUAUUUAGAAGAAGUUAAUCCUGCGGGGUGCACAAAAUGCUUUUGCUUCGGAACCACGGAUCGUUGCCAAAGUGGUUAUUUAUCUUUAGUUCAGAUACUUGACAUGUCAAACUGGGUUGAAACCGUCAUAGACGUUGCAAAGGAUAUGGCAGUUGUAAAUAUUCCAGUCACUCUUGUCGAAAGUGCUGAUGGUAUUCAAGCAUUGCUACCUGACGAAUGGCCUGAUGAAAGUGGUGCCCUGUUUUAUUUUUCGGCUCCUUCUUCAUACUUAGGAAAUAAGCUAUCCUCCUACGGUGGAAAUUUACAGUAUACUAUCGUUACAUCCACUGAUGAUGAUGCCGUUGUAAAUAGCUUUGUUGGAGCAGAUGUCAUUCUUAUGGGUAAUAAUAUCACAAUUGUGCAUAAUCAUGUUGAACAGCCUGCUGGAGGUGCUCCAUUAAGAAUAACUGUGAAUCUUAUCGAGCAUGAAUUUCAUCACAUCAGUGGUCGAGAUGUAACUCGAGAGCAAAUGAUGAUGCUUUUAGAGAAUCUGGAUCAUCUUUUGAUUCGUGGAUCGUAUUUUCAUCCUGCUGUUGAGAUCAGGUUGGCACAUGUUUUAUUGGAUACUGGCGACGAAAACUUUGUAGCUGAUGCUCCUCAAGCUUUAAGAGUUGAGCUAUGUCAAUGCCCACCAAGCUACAUCGGAAAUUCUUGUGAAGAAUGUGCUCCAGGUUAUUAUCGCUCAAAGACAGGUCCAUAUUUAGGGUACUGUGUUCCUUGUCAGUGUCAUGGCCACGCGCAAACAUGCGAUGUUAACACCGGGAAGUGUAUAGGAUGCCAGCAUAACACAAUUGGCGACCAUUGUGAAAAGUGUGAUGUGGGAUUUCAUGGCGAUUCUACCCAAGGAACACCUUAUGACUGCUUGCGUUGUGCUUGCCCAUUACCAACUGAGACAAACAAUUUUGCUGAAAGUUGUGAAAUUUCUCCAAGUGGACUGGAAAUCAGCUGCAAAUGUAAACCUGGAUAUUAUGGAUUGCGGUGUGAAGUAUGUGACAUUGGUUAUUUUGGAAAUCCUGAAAAACCAGGGAGUACAUGUCAGCCUUGUCAAUGCCACGGGAACAUUGAUCCUAGUAAACCAGGGAGCUGUGAUUCUGUAACUGGUGACUGCAUUUUAUGCUUAAACAACACCUAUGGUGCAGCCUGUGAACUCUGUGCACCAGGGUUCUAUGGAGACGCUAUCGCUAAAAAGGACUGUAAAAAAUGCAAUUGUAAUGAAUGCGGCUACAGAACCUGCGACCAUGAGAAUGGAGAAUGUAUCUGUUUGCCUAAUGUAGAACCUCCGUAUUGUGAUCGCUGUGCGCCAAAUCACUGGGGCUUUUCGGGUUGCAGUGGAUGUCGCCCGUGCAAUUGUGGACCUGCCUCAAAAGCUGAACAAUGUGAUUUAGAAACUGGUGAAUGUGAUUGUCAACCUGGUGCUGCGGGUAUAACUUGUGAUGUUUGUGAACCAGGCUACUGGCAGUAUUCAGUGGAUGGAUGUAUUUCCUGCAACUGUGACGAAAAGUAUUCUGCUCGUGUUGGUUGCAAUCCUAUCAAUGGGCAAUGUCACUGCUUACCAGGAGUUAUUGGACCCAAAUGUGACAGUUGUCCUUACCGAUGGGUCUUUGUAAAGAAUGAAGGUUGUUUAGAAUGUGAUCCUUGCGUCCACGGCUUGUUGGAUAUAACUGAUUUGUUGGAGAACCUAAUUGACCCUGUAAUGGAGGAAAUGAAAGAUGUUUCCUUGAGUUAUUUUGCAAACAGACGUUUGCAAAAUGUAAACAAAACUGCUGAUGCACUGAGGUUCGGUGUUGAUCAGAUGCUUUUGGAUCCGAAUGAACUAGAUUUCAGUCCUUUGGUAUACAGUGUUCAGACGUUAGAAAAGAAAAGAGACCAACUAGAUCGAAAUGCUACUCAUUUACAUGCUGAAGGAGAUGCAGUAAGCUCUGAUGCGGAUGGUACAAGAAUUGAAGCACUUGAAGUUGAAAAAUUGAUUAGAGAAACUGUAGAUAAAGCAAAAGAAAUUGUUGAUGAACUGGGGAAGCUUUCUGAAGGUCUUGGAGGAUCAUUGGGACCCAAUGUAGAUAAACUCGUUUCUGAAGCUGAAAGUAUUUUGGAUGAGAUGAAAGAAAGAAAUUUUGAUGCACCCCAAAAUGAUACAGUGGAAGAGUAUGACCUUUGUGAAGAACUGUUUGAAAAUGUGAAAUCAUUUGAGAUCCCUGUUCUUGAAAACAAACUGAAAUUUGAGGAAGAAAAUGACAAACUUGCGCAUAUAAUGUCUUUGCUUGAUGAUAUUAGUAACAACAGUCAGAAUAUUUUCAUAGUAGCUGAUGACACUCAAAGUUUGACUGACGAAACGCAGCGAGUUCCAGUUGAGGAAUUGAUAGGUAGCAUUGAACAAGGAUCAAAAGAUACUUAUGAGGUACUUCAAAAUGCCUCCGAUAUUUUAAAACUCUCUGAGGCCUCCCUCGAUAGCGCUGGAAAAGAUUACAAGCGUUUAGAUGCGGAUACAGAUAAACUAGGUGUAAGGAGAACUGAUUUGCAAGAUCUUAUAAACGAGAAUACGGAUCACAUAAAGAAUAACGAACCGUUAGUUGAAAAAGCAUCAGCACACGCUGCUGCUUUGGUGGAGCAAGCAAAUAUUUUGGACCAGUCAUUAGCAGAUACUAGAGAUAGUGCUGAUGCUGCAGUUAAAGCUGCCAAUGCUUAUGGAAAUAUAGGAGAUGCUAUAAAUCAAGCAUAUUUAGCUGCUGAAGCAGCCCUUAGAGCUUCUGACCAAGCUGAAAUCAAGUCAGAAGGUGUUUUGGAUAAAACAAGUGAUUCUAAAGAUCUAACAAAGGAGUACUUAGAUUCUGCCACCAAAUUAGAGGAAAAAGUUAAGGAACUGGAACCUCAGCUUGAGGAUGCAAAGGAAGGAGUAGCUCUUGUUGCCAAACAAAAUGGGAAAACAUCAAGAGGACUGGAUAAUAUUAAAAAGGAGUUGGAAAAGUUACCAUUACAUUCUUUGUGGGUACUCGCUGAGCAUGCAGCGAAUGACUCAGCAAUUGCCGAUCAAAGAGCUGAGAAAGCUCGGAAAAGAAUACAGGAAAUAGUCAGCAAGCUCCCUGCUGAUCAGGAAAGAGCCGAACAGGUCCCAAAAGAUAUUGAAGAAGCUAAUCAUGCGAUCAAAGCUGCUCAUAGCUAUGUUGACCGCAUUGCUCCUAUUGUGGUUGAUACGAAUAAGCUGAUGGACAAAGCUAGCAAAAGAGAAUCAGCAAUGAGAAUAAUUGGAACUGAUGUUUCAGAAAAACUAGCCAAAUUAAGACAGAAAGUUGCCGUAGCAAGAAAUCAAGCAAAUCGAAUAAAAUUAGGAGUUCAGUUCUUUGAAAAUACUACUUUGCAACUUCGUAAUCCAGAAGGAAUGGAAAAAGCGGCGACUUAUACACAUCUGUCAUUGUACUUUAACACAAUAGAACGCUACGGUUUGCUAGCUUUCAUUGGAAAUGAGAAAGGAGCACAUGCGCAAAUGAAACAUGUUUUAACGGAUGACUAUCUUGCGUUAGAAAUUAGAGGUGGACGACUUGUGUUAGUGAUGGACUUGGGUUCCUCAGCAUCAGAAAUUAAGCAUGAUACUUAUGUUUCUGAUGGAAAGUGGCAUCAAGCCAUUAUUGAAAGAACUGGAAAAACAUGUUCUCUCACUGUUAGAACUGAAGGUGAGAAGGAUGCAGUUGUGGAAGGAUUUUUACCAGGCACAUACAGUGUUUUCAACUUAGACAAGAAAGUUUCAAAAUUCUUCAUUGGGGGAAUUUCAGAAAAACUUUCGCUACCAGACAGCGUAAAGCACUUUCACUUUGAAGGAUGUAUAGAGGAUGUAGAGUUUGGUGGAACUCCAGUUGGACUCUGGGAUUUUGUAUACGCCGAAAAUAAUUUCGAAGGAUGUGCAGAUAGAGAUCAGCUUGUUAUAUUACAGCCUUCAAAUGGACUUCGUUUUAGUGGAGCUGGAUACGUUAUUUUGCCCAGAAAGAAGCACCAAUUCGGGACAGAAACAAUUAUUAAAAUGCAGUUUAAAACAUACGCAAAAGAGGGAUUGCUCUUCUUGAUAGGGAAAAAUAAUAAAUUCUUAGCCCUUCAAAUGGAAGAGGGUCACAUAGUUCUGAAGUAUAAUUUAGGAAGUGGAACAGCUGUCUUGCGAUCGCCAGAAGCGUACAAUGAUGGUAAAUGGCACUCGCUGGAGGCAACCAGAGUUGAAAAAGAAGCUGUUCUAAAGGUGGAUCAAGUUGAAGUUGAUAGUGGGCAGUCACCUGGCUCAGAAAGUGUGUUAUCUUUUACAAACCAGAUAUUUGUCGGAGGUUAUAAGGGCAGACAUUCUUAUACGGAAGUUACAACCUCUGGAUUUGAAGGCUGCAUUAUGGACAUGCAGAUUGGUGCAGAAUUGAUAGAUCUGACCAAAAAUAACAAAGCUUUGGGUGUUGUAAAUGGCUGUCCUGUGAUGAUUGCUAGAACAGUAUCCUUCAGCAAUGUAUCGACUGGGUAUGUAGCAAUGCCAUCAGAUAAUUUCGAAAAAUUAGCUCAACUGACAUUCAAAUUCAAAACUGUUGAAGAAGAUGGUUUAAUAUUUUAUACUGCAAAUGAAGACCAAUCAAAUUAUUUAUUAAUUGCAUUACAUAAUGGAGUUCUUGUUAUGAGCAGUAACCCAGGAGGUGAAAUAAGAACAAAUCCGAACGUUAAAUACAAUGAUGGAGAGUGGCAUUAUGUUUCAGCAACAAAAGCUGUGAGACAACUGAGAUUAGAUAUUGAUGACAUUAACUCUGUUGAAGUUGAAGUCCCUGUUGAUGCCAUCAUUUCGACAACUACUCCUAUGUAUUUUGGAGGAGUGCCUGAUGAUUAUACAAUUACUGCUGAAGUAUUGUCAUCAUAUUCACCUUUUAUUGGAUGUAUUGGGGAUACAACUGUGAAUAAUAAAUUUAUGAAUUUUGCUGAUACACAGGACAGGAAAGGUGUAUCGUUAGCUAGCUGUCCACUUGCAGAUCCCUUAGAACCAACGCCUCCAUCUAUCUCGGAACUGCCAUCAGCUCCGGACUAUGUUCCACCGGACAAAGCAACCGUUCCUUCAGUGGAUGUGGAAUACACCACAGAAUAUCCAGAUGUCCCAGAACCUACGCCAGUUGGACAAUGUGCACUUCCACUGGAGCCGAGAAUUGAUACCAGUGUGAAGCCUGGCGAUGGUAUUCGUUUUGGAAACGCGCCAGCUAGUAGACAAGAAUUUUCAAAGCCUGGUUCAUUCAUGGGAAGCAUUCUUGAUGACAGCACAUUCGCUUUAGAGUUCCGCACCAAACGAAAACACGGCGUUUUAUUCUAUGUUGCUGGCAGCAAUCAUAUAGAUUUUGUUGGAUUAGUUCUACAAGGUGGCAAAAUUAUUUAUGUUUUCAACUGCGGUACGGGAACGGCUGUUAUAUCUUCACAAAAUCAAUAUAAUGAUGGCACGUGGCACAGAGUUGUAUUUUCGCGCCAGGGUGUAGAAGGAAGACUUGUGAUUGAUGAUGAAGAGGAAGUUAGAGGAAAUUCACUAGGUGCAGCUAGCUCAGUCAAUGUCAAAUCACCAUUUUAUAUAGGAGGUUUGUCAGAAGAAGUAGCUAGAGAAGCAAAAAAUAAUUUAAGAGGUGUAACCUUUUCAUUCCCAGGAUGUAUAAGAAAUGUAGAGGCUCAAGGGGAGCUUAUCACUAAUCAAAAACCCAGUUUGUCGCAGAAUGUGACUGGCUGUUCAGACAAAGUUGAAGAGGGCACAUUUAUUUCAAGUGAUGGUGGAUAUCUUGUUCUGUAUGACAAAUUCCACGUGGGGGCAAAGAUUACAAUUGAAAUGGAUAUUAAGCCUCGUAAUUUAUCUGGAAUUUUACUGGCUGUUCAUGGCAGAUCUGAUUACCUGAUCUUACAGAUGGUUGAUGGAGCCUUAGUGUUCAGUGUUGAUAAUGGCGCUGGUCCAAUAACUGCAAAAUAUAUUCCGCCAACUGAAUAUUACCCUUGUGAUGGUAACUGGCAUACAGUACGCGUAGUCAAAACUGGCAAUAUUGUUACUGUAGGCCUGGAUGAUAUUUUCGGCGAACCAGGAAUAGGAGUCGGUGGUGUUUCAUCAACAGAUACCAAGGAUCCGUUGUAUAUUGGAGGACUACCUGAAUCAUCGUUAUCAAAGAAAGGUGUCGAAACUCUAGAACAGUUCACUGGUUGUAUUCGAUCUCUUAAAUUAAACGAUAAACCUCAACCCAUAGCUCAAUCGAGAGUCUUUGGCCAUGUAACUCUUAAUACAUGUCCAACAAUAUAAAUAAAUUAUAAAUUCAUAAAAAUAAUUUUUUGGUGUAAUAUUUUUCUACUAGAUAUUUUUAAACAUCAUACAAGAGCCAUGAAUAUUUAUGGUACUUUUGGUUUACGAAAUUUUAAUUCUUAUUUCAAAACAACAUGUAAAAAAGUAUUUAAUCAACUGUUCAACAUUUCAGAAUCGUAUUACAUUUCCUUGAUUCCAUUUAAGAGAGAAGUUAAAAUAUAGCAAUCUUUAUUGCCUUUAAAUUAACUGCAUACCGUGAUUUAUUGUGUUUAAUAUUGAUUGAUAAUCGUGUUAAUCCUUAAAUUUCGCAUAAUUUGCUUUCGUUUACAGGCUUUCCAUCAGUAUAUUUUUAUAUCCAAUGUACGUUCAUUUCCUUGAGUUCUCAUAUUUAAGUUAUGCACAUUCUUUAAAAUCAAAUGCAAUUGCAUAAGCAUUAAGAUGAAAGUAAAGAUACAUUUCCUAGUCAUCUUACUAACUUUUAAACUAACGAAAUCCAGUCUUUUUCAGUCUGUCUCAUGUAAAACAAAACAGAUUUCUGUUUGAUGGGGAAAAAAAAUUUUUUUUUUCAUUGUAUAUGAUAACAUCAGCUGUAAAUGUGUGUCACAACUUUAUAUAUUAAAAAGUGAUUUAUUAAUUUGAAAAGUUUACUAACUACAAGUAAUACUGCGAUAGCCUCAAAAAUAUUGACACAUUAAAGCAUUAAGAUUUUGUGCUGAUUUUUUUUCAAUGUUUGGCUAAAAUUCUUCUACAAUUCUGAACAAAUUAGUUAUGUUACCUUCAUGGUUAUUCCAUAUAUACAUAUAUAUACACACAUAAAAUGUCUGUCCAAGAAGAAACCGAGCUUUUGAAAAAAAUCAGUUAACUGAUAAGGGCACCUUUUAAUCAGAUUAGUCUCUUUCCAAAUAUUCUCCUCUUCUAUUUACACACUGCUCCCAACAUACAUUCCGUUUUUGGAAUGCUUCCUGAAAAUUAUUUUGUGGGAUCACAAUGCAAGUCUUGAAAAUGCAGUUUUCUUUUGAUCUUUGAUAACCAGCGACCUUUCAUGGUGGAUUUCAGCUCUGCAAACACACACGCGCCCAGAGAAAAAAAAAAAAAAAAGAAUGGCAGGAAUUAAAUCUGCAAAGUAAUAAGGCCCAGGAUAGCAGUCCGUGUAACAGUAACGUGCAUACGAGCUAGUUUCCCAUACAAAGUCCUCCACGAAGGCAUCCCUCCCCUUAGGCAGAUAGCCCUCGAGGCUUUGCCGUAAUUAAAUAACCUAACCUCUUCCGUUGCAAUGUUAUUUUAAAUCUCUCAUAACAUCCAAUUAAAAGUGUGCUUUGAUUAUUUAGCUUCGUUUAACGAACUGGUGAUAAACAAUUUUUAGUCAAACUAGAAAGGCGGUCAACAUCACAUUCGCAUUCUAUCAACUGUGACGUGCAUUUUUGACCUUGGCGAUGAUCUUUGUACCCACUGCGGCGACUUUCUUUUUAUUUCAGUAUCAUAUCUGUAAACCUGUAUUUCAUCACCUGUGAUGACAUAUUUUGAUGCGCAUUUAAACGAUCUAUCAACUCCUCAAUAACUGCGACAGGUUAACUUUUUAUUUCUAUCAAGACAAUGCAGAAAUCUUUCUGCAUUUUGACGCGCCUGUAGAUAUUCAGUCGAAAUUGUGUGACAUUAGCUUUUGCUGCCUAGAUCUUCAGCAAACUCACGGACAGUUAAACGAUGACUUAGAGGAAUUAAACCACUCCUUCGACAUGAAGUCGUGUGUGGACUUGGAAAUGGCACCCAGUUUUCGGUUCGUCUUCAGUUGGUGUUCUGCCCGAUCUGAUACAUUGACAUUGGGACAUAGCACUCAGACCAACUGAAAUUAUCCUUUCCGUAGACUGACUGAAAUAAUUCUUUCCAAGACGUUGCAACAUCUGACAUGCUUUAGUAAACGGUUUUUAACAAUUUUACACAAAAUCGCUGCACUGCGAGAUCUUUCGUUUUUGAAAUGUAAAUAAUCUUCAAACUCACAAAAUACCGGUUCAUUCUGCCGCUCAUUAAACAGCUACAAAAUGAAAUGGUGUUUUUGAGGAAAGAGCUUGUCCAAAAUCAAGGUUGAUGCUACACAGCGGGGUUGCUUGUUGACGCGUUAACUCUCUAAUUUUAAAGUUCGGUUUCGUUUUGGGCAGAUCUUGCAUAUAUAUAUACAUUAUGUAAACCAGUGCCGAUGCGAUUGUGCCAGAGGCGGCAAAAUUUUUAGAAUUUCAGCAAGCACCGGCAGGCAGAAUUUAAUAGAAGCAGAGAUGAUUGUCCUGUACGGUAAAAAGCUUAGCGUCUACGAUGAUGACGACAUAGUACCUUAUAUCUAUAUUAAAGUAAUUAUUUUGAUAUGCUUAAUAAUUUAAAGCCCGUUAUUGGGAAAUAAAAUUCUGAGAUUGUCUUCGAACAUCUGGUUUACCUUAAAACUGUAGUAUUUUUAUAUCAUAUGUAAAACAUGCUUAUAAUAUAACAAUCUUCGAAUAUGAUGUAACGUCUGUAUUAUCAUAUAUGUGUUAAAAUACAAAAAUAAAUUCUGGGUAAAAAAA